UUGCAGCGGCUCGCUUAAGUAACGGAAAAUUAGAAGAACAAAUUCGGUUAAUGAAAUACAACAUUAAAAAUUUAAUAUAUAUAAAAAUUAUAAAAAAAAAAUCUAUAAUCUAAAAGAAAAUAUUAAGAAAGAAAAAAGUGAUGAAUUAUUGCUUAAAAAAUACAUGUGUAAAAGUUAUAAAAUUCUUAAUUAAAUAAAAAUUAAUCAAAAAAUCUAUUACUUAAUAACAACUGACAGUUACUUUUAAAGCUGUUUAAAACUCAAAAAUAAAAUGGCGACUUUAGCUUUUAGAUCAAAUAAAGAAGUUAUGCAUAAAGCCGGCUGGAAAUUGGAUGAGAAUGAAGAAGCCUGUUACAUAGACAUAGAAAAUGACGAUGAUGAUGCGAACACAGUCAACAAUGACGAUAAUAAUAGAGUCUAUUCAAAUUGGAAUAAUCUGCCUGAUAUAGUAUUGGAACAAGUAUUUACAUAUUUGACACCACGAGAACGUUACUAUGCUGGUUUGGUCUGUAAACAAUGGUUUAGAGCUUUUUAUUUACCCACCGUUUGGGAUAAUUUUCUAGUCGAUGAUCGUACCUUAACCCGCCAAAAAUACAAUUACUACUCCGGCUGGCAAUAUUGUUUGGAUCACAUGCGCACCCAGAAUUGUUUGGCACGCAUUGGCCGUUAUUUGAGGGGACUGGAAUUUCGUCCAGAAGUUAGUUUUAAUAAUAUCUAUCAGUUUAUGACCAUGUUGUCGUGGAGCAUGGAAAAGGGUGCUGAGUUAAAUGGUCCUAAAGAGAUGAAGGGUACUGGUGCACGUAUACGUUCUUUGGUCUAUGUAUUUCCCUGCAAUAUGUCACAAGCCAAUGAUCCUGAGGGUAUAAAACUUUUCGGUACCGGUGGCCAAUUGUUAAAGGGUUUAAAAGAUCUGCUCUCGAAAUUAACAAAUUUAAGAACUUUAAAAUUAAUCGAUUUUGUAUUGGAACGUUAUGAAGCUAAACAUUUAUUGGACGAAGUCUUAGAUGCCUGCUGUACGAAAAUGCGUGUUUUGAAUUUGGUGAAUGUUACCACUUUGCAUUGUCCCAUUAUGCAUGUGGGUUUAUUUUUAAAUCUACAGAUUUUAACCAUUUCUCCUCAAAAUAUAGACGAUGAUGUUUUAAUGCUCUUGGCCGAUACCAAGUUGAAACAUUUACAUUUGUUGCAAAAUUGUUAUACCUCUUCGUAUCUGACGAUUGGCCAUUGUAGUGUCAAGGCUUGGCGUAUAUUGAAAAGAGAUAAUCCUAAGUUAAAGGUUCAUCUGCGCGUUGAAUCUAUGAACGAUGGUGAAAUUGUCUUUCAGCCCGAGGCCCCUGUUUAUAGUGUAACUUAUGCUGCUCCCAAAACCAAGAUUCAUCCAGAUAUUCUUAUGAAAAUGGUGGAUCACUAUAAAAAUCAUUUGGCUGUUUAUGGUUAUGAAACGAUGCCACGUUUUACUAGUCCCAAAUCUUUUCACAAUCGCAUCGAUUCCUUAAUGUUAUUAAUGUGCAGGCAAUGUUUUAAUUUACAUACUUUGUUGGUCCGCGAAAAGGUCUCCACCUCAACCGUGCUUUUAAUAGCUCGUACUGCUAAAAAUCUCCGCCGCUUAUAUGUGCGUCGCUUCGGCACAAUUAUACGUUGUGAUUGGCCGCGACAUCCCGAAUGGUCUGAUGAGUUUAAUAUAUGGCUGCGACGUUCUUGUCGUUCAUACGAGUCCGUGGAACGUGAAGUUUCACAAAUUUUAGGUUAUAGUUGGCACUUUUUAAGCGAUCAGGAAUAUAAACUAGUCACAGCAGACGUUCAGAACGAAUGGUGAAAUUAUCGAAUAAGUAAAUGUGAUAUUGAUAAUGUAUAUUGUUAUUGUUAAUAAUUUUUAAAGUAAAUUUGUUAUUUUUUUUAAA